UAAGUCCCCCCUCAACAUCCUCCCUUUAUUCCGGGCUUUUUGUUUGUUUUUGUCCUGACACACAAAACAAAAAUUCCUCCAGGGACUGCUGCGGCGGGGGCAAGUGUAAGAGGCAGAGCGGUGAUGAUGGAGGAGAGGUGUCCCAAAGUGGAGCAGUAUGUUGGUGAAAUUAAAGGUGGCCUGAGACCAGCCAUGAAACUCACAGUCAUAGGAAUGAUACACUCCAACCCCAAGAGCUUUUCAGUGACUCUGCUCUGUGAUCCAGUGGAUGUAAACAAAGAUGUUGGGCUGUUAUUUACAGUUAACUUUAGUGACAAAUCCAUCACCCGAAAUGCACGAAUUGCUGGGAAAUGGGGAAGAGAAGAGAAGACCAUUCCCUAUUUCCCAUUUACAGCAGGCGACACAUUUAAGAUGGAGCUGUUAUGUGAACACCAGCAAAUACGAGUCUUGCUUGAUGGACGGCAGCUCUGUGACUUCACUCACCGCAUUCAGCCCCUGAACUUGGUGAAAGCUUUGCAGAUAUCAGGGGACAUCAAGCUUACCAAAGUGGCUUGAAAAAAAGGAGACCACAGCAUCACCAGGGGACAGAGGCAAAUGUACUUUCUCCUGUUUGAGAAAUGUUUUCUCUUUUUCCCCUGGAUGAUUCUGGAGAGUGGGAACUGUAUAUUUUUAAUUUGCUGAUGUGUUUGAAAUAUACACUUUUUUUCUCAUAUACACUCAGCAACUGCAGAGCUAUGUCUGGUCCAGGUAAAUCAGAGAGCCUUCAGUGAAUUAUUAUUUUGGCCUCCCAAACUGCAAGAUUUAUGAUCCUGUGCAGUAUCUCAUGGUCCCCUAACCCCCCAGGCAUGGUAGCUGGUGGAGCUCAGUCCUCCAUGGUGGUGUGGAUGUGACUUGUGUGACUAGAACUGGCCUGUAUGCCGGUGGUAGGACUGGGAAAAGAGAAACAGGACAUUUUUCUUAUAAGUGAAUAAGGGAGUCUGGUGAUCCCCAGCAGGGCUCACGUUAUCAGGAGGGAAUUGCUUUUCCUGGAAGCUCUGCUCAAUCAGCACAAAGCCACCUGUGCUUCCCAGUACAGAGGAAUAAAUGCCUUACCAGCAUCCCUGUCUCUUGCAGGUAGCAUUCUCGUGAACUGAAAGGUUUCAACAGCUGUGGAUUUCACAGUCUUCUCUGGACCAGCGCUAGGAAAUGGUGUCUGUAGCUGAAACUGCAUUGCCCGUUCUUGUAUCUAAUAAAACUGCAUCUUCGCUGGCAAACUUCUUUACCAGCUAUGUUAAAUAUUUGAAUGAACAUGAGUGUUGUGCUGUUAUUUCAUUGCUGUAACUUUAGAAAAAAAAUCCCAAAUACAUGGCUAUUCUAAUACAUAGAUAAACUUAUAUCAUAGCUGCUGCCUUUGGCUCUGUUAUGGUUGGUUGGUUAUAACUCAGGAUGAAGGGGAAAGUGUCUAGAUGAAGAGACUUUUUUUCAGUGCAUACCUUGGAGAACAAAAAAUCUGCAAAGAGGUGGUUCUGUGGAUAGAGAGUUGUCAAAUUCCUCUAUGACUUCAGGGAAGAUAUAGAGCAUGCUGUCUUCAAAGAGCUUUUGGAGGCUCUGUAGAGUCUGACU